AUGCAUUUAUUAAUCACUGCUUUGUUUGGUAUCCAAGUUAACAAGUCUAUAAUAUCAUCAAUAGAUCUGGAUAUGUCGUCAAUGGCUCAAUUUUCAUCAUCAUCAUCAUCAUCAUCAUCAUCAUCAUCAUCAUCAUCAUCAUCAUCAUCAUCAUCAUCAUCAUCAUCAUCAUCAUCAUCAUCAUCAUCAUCAUCAUCAUCAUCAUCAUCAUCAUCAUCAUCAUCAUCAUCAUCAUCAUCAUCAUCAUCAUCAUCAUCAUCAUCAUCAUCAUCAUCAUCAUCAUCAUCAUCAUCAUCAUCAUCAUCAUCAUCAUCAUCAUCAUCAUCAUCAUCAUCAUCAUCAUCAUCAUCAUCAUCAUCAUCAUCAUCAUCAUCAUCAUCAUCAUCAUCAUCAUCAUCAUCAUCAUCAUCAUCAUCAUCAUCAUCAUCAUCAUCAUCAUCAUCAUCAUCAUCAUCAUCAUCAUCAUCAUCAUCAUCAUCAUCAUCAUCAUCAUCAUCAUCAUCAUCAUCAUCAUCAUCAUCAUCAUCAUCAUCAUCAUCAUCAUCAUCAUCAUCAUCAUCAUCAUCAUCAUCAUCAUCAUCAUCAUCAUCAUCAUCAUCAUCAUCAUCAUCAUCAUCAUCAUCAUCAUCAUCAUCAUCAUCAUCAUCAUCAUCAUCAUCAUCAUCAUCAUCAUCAUCAUCAUCAUCAUCAUCAUCAUCAUCAUCAUCAUCAUCAUCAUCAUCAUCAUCAUCAUCAUCAUCAUCAUCAUCAUCAUCAUCAUCAUCAUCAUCAUCAUCAUCAUCAUCAUCAUCAUCAUCAUCAUCAUCAUCAUCAUCAUCAUCAUCAUCAUCAUCAUCAUCAUCAUCAUCAUCAUCAUCAUCAUCAUCAUCAUCAUCAUCAUCAUCAUCAUCAUCAUCAUCAUCAUCAUCAUCAUCAUCAUCAUCAUCAUCAUCAUCAUCAUCAUCAUCAUCAUCAUCAUCAUCAUCAUCAUCAUCAUCAUCAUCAUCAUCAACGUCGUCGUCGUCUUUUUUGAUAUCCUCCUCCUCUUCCUCAUCAUAA